GCUGCGGCUAACCGUUACUGUUUCUCCUCGUCGACCAGGUUCCUUCUCAAGUACGUGUCAAGGGAUGAGGUGGCUGUCCUAGGUCAAGGCACUGGCGGAGUACCAGAAAUCCGCAGCACAAUCGACACCUACGAAGAUAAAUCACCGCUUUAUGGCUUCUUACAAUAUCGUCGGAGGAAGGUUAUUCUCAAGUACAUGCCCGAGGGCAUGUCCCGACUAUUACAAGUUCGAACCGGAGUUCACUUUCAGUCCGUCGUCGAUAGACUCUCUCCGCAUGAUACUAUCUUCUCCCUCACACAGGCAUCGGAUCUGACAGAAAGUUCCCUCUCAUCCGCAUGUCUCCUGCACGCCGCAUCAGGUUCGAUCACGUCGUCAUCAAGUUCUCUCCGUCGUCGCAGGCUGAUGGAAAUAACCGAGGAUGCGGAGGAGAAUGCCGUGGGAAUGGAUGAGCCGCAACCGCCGGCUCCAGGUACAGAUACCCGGCAGAGGUCGUUCAGUGAAUUAUCAGAGGCAACCGUAGUACCAUCACGAGUCACAUCGAAUGUCGAAUAUCCCCCAAGCAGUAACGGAGACGAGCUGAGGGCGGUUAGUGAAGCAGCUACAGACUCUUCGUCGUCAUCAAUGCCCUGGGAUCUUAGCGCAGAGCCUUCAGAUUCACAACGAAGCUUCCUGCAGGAGCUGUCUCAACAACCAUUGUAUGAACGGCGAAAGUCAUCCCAGUCCGCGAGACCAGCGCUGCGUGACUUGGAGCGUGCUUACACAUACAUACCAAAGGUCAAGCGGGGUCCUCGUCCUUCGGUAGAUCUCAGAGGGCGACCGCGCACGGCAGGCAGCCUGUCCCGGAGUCAUGAUCAACGACCUGUCGCUUCAUUGCCCCCUUCCGUUCGAACCUCAACACGACAACCUAACAUCCCAGGGUUUUCCCGUCCUCAGUCGCAGCCGAAUGGUGCAGCUUCCGUGCCCGGAAAGCGUGCUCCACCUGUACCCCCUUUAUUACUAGUGCCCCCACCGCCAAUGACUAGUAUUUCAAGACCCCCUCUCUCCCCUGGAACCAAGUCCAUGAGUGCAAUAUCAUCUUCAGGAUUGACACCUGAAAAGGAACGGUUGAUGAAAGCUCUCCAUCUGCGAAGGAAACAAAUGGAGAAAAAGGCGGAGAAAAAUAAACAUGAUGAAGCAAAGCUCAAUGGGAUAACUGCCAGCGAAGACAAGGAAAAUAUUUGUGGCCAUGACGAGGACAUGCAUGAACAAGAACAGGGAGCCAAUCAGCCUACAGUUGCAUCGGAUCAGAACCAUCAGCCUUCCCCUGAGCCUCAGCCACCUGCACCGCCGCCUCCCGCCGGACCCGACGACGACCUGAAUCGCGCUGUCCUUAAUUCGCCGAAACAGGAUUCAGCCGUCGACACGACCAUGGCUAUCGAUGGGGAGCAGCCUCCGACCCUGUUAACCAAUGGCGUUAAUAACAGCACUGAGUCUCUAGAGAGCAUUCAACAGUCACCACAGGCUGUCAGUCAAGCGGAGAUACCGACGCCAGAGGGAGAAGAAACAAAUCCCAUCCAAAGCGAUGCUCAAAGCCGUGACAAGGAAGGAUUUCAAUUGCCCAGUGUACAAGUUGACGAUGUCUCACAUGAAACUAGCACCCAAGCAGGCCCAGAGGCAGACACUAUUUCUCUUCAACAACAAACAGAGCCAUCUCUCGAUGCCGAUGAACCCACGAAAGACUCCCGAUCUAAACCCCCUGAAUUAGUCCUUCCCGAACCGCCCUCCCACCAACCCCCACCGAUCUCUACUACUACUGAAAAAGAGCCCGCUACCUCUAAAGCUGCAAUACCGCAGCCAGAUCUUUCUCCUAACGAUACUGGCAUGGCAGAUAAGGAUGUCGACCGAAAAGAAAAACCGAAUUUGCACAUUGAGAAUAACCACACGACAGGCAUUGAAGCUUCCAACGAGGACAAAUCACAUUCCGACGAUUCGUCCCUCGAAGAAUUGGGAAGUGCCAAAGUCGAGGAAGCCAAGUCCAUAACAGUGCCGGAAUCUCCGACCGCACACCACAAUUAUUCGAAUAGCCCACGGUCGAUUGAUGUUUGGAGGAAUCUACGGGCGGCCUCGAAUCCGACCGCUGUUGGACGUGCGACUUCCAAUCUCCAGGUGCUAGCAGCUGGUAGAUCUGUAUCUAGCCCCUACUCGGACAACAAUAGCAGGCCUGUCAGCCCUGUUACCAUGGCGCGGAAGAUCAACGUCUCGUCCGGAAUUUCAAGUCGCAUUAAGGCCCUGGAGAAGUUCUCGAACAGUCGUGAGAUGCAUUCAAAUACAAGCCACACCCUGACCACGCCUUCUGUUUCGUUCGAAAGCAUCCGGAAGCGCGCUUCUGUCUCAUUAAAUGGCGGGCAUUCUGAUGUCGCGGCGCUUUCAAGACGCCCAUCGCUCAUGACGUCGUCUCUAAACACGUCGUCUCGACCCCCAAGUCGGUCGCCUUCAGUUACAGCUGUCUCGAAUGCAACCCAACAUGAAUCGCAGGCUGCGGGUCCGUAUGAGAUCGGUGUACGCCGCGCCCAGACCGGACCGUUGACCAUUAAACAUUCGACUUCCGAGAGUUCUCGUCCGCAGAAUCCGUCCGCAGACUCUACGGUAACUACUCUCGAGACGCAUGAUGCGCCCCCAAACUCCGCACAUUCGAAUAAGGAAGUCCCCAUAGCCUCAAUAUCCCGCACAGAAAGCGCGCUGUCCUUCUCAGCACACCGCGAGACUGAAGCCAACCCACGACCGAGCUCAAGUAAUGAUCAGAGCCCAUUACCGGAAGAAAAGAAAGAAUCUCGCACGUCUCGGCUCUUCCGCCGAAUGUCUUCUAUGAGAUCAAGCCCGCGAAAGAGUGUUGUGAAUGCGUUGAGCUCAAGUCCGGAAAAUGGCGAAACUUCGACGUCUGCCGAAAAGGGCCGUGGUCGGGCUUCUGAGGCACCUAAAGCCUUUCGAGCAGUGGACAUCGGCGAAGUCAACGUUCAAUUUCCGGACACACUUCUCUGGAAGCGCCGAUUCAUGCGCAUCGACGACCAGGGUUGCCUUGUUUUAACCCCAGGGAAUAACGACUUCCACGGCCGCAACAUGACCAAACGCUACCCCCUUUCAGAAUUCAAGACACCUUGCCUGCCAGAUGAGGAUAUGCAGGAGCUUCCUAACAGUAUUUUGUUAGAUUUCCUUGAUGGAAGCACACUCCAGUGCGCUUGUGAAUCGAGACAAGGGCAGGCAUCUGUUCUCCAGAUUCUUUUGGAUGCGCACAGCGCCUGCCAACAACCAUCUGCUUGA